AUGUCCAAAUCUGGCUUAGCAUGUGCAAAAGGCGCUCCUGCCGCACCUCACAAACCUCUACCACCACACUACCCGUUGACAUCACGCCAUGACUUUAUUCUCCCAAGGCUCGUCCUCGGCGCAAAUUGGACCCAACCCGCCUUCACGGACAUAUUUGGUGCACCGUCAAGUGGAGUUGCGCUUUGCUGUGUAGGGAUCCUGCUAUACACAAUCAUCAAGUGGGCAGUAGUAAAGAGUAAGAGCAGUGAACAGAACAAGAAAGGCGAAAUGUACGGACUACAGCAUGGCAGACUGCAUCUGCAAGUACCAACGCCGAUGUGGAUGAACAUGGGGUUGUGGGACGAAGCCGGCACAACGACGACCCUGGCGGAAGCGUGUCGAGACCUGCUAAAGGCAGUGCUAGCUGAGGCCGGGUUUUCGCAAAAGACCGAUAGCACCCAAACCUUUCCUGGUACGCGGCGCAAGAAAAUGCUGGUCGAUCUAGGAAUUGGCUGUGGUGACCAGACAAUAUACCUCACAAGCAAAGUACCAAUCCGACCUUGCGACCGCGAUUGGUGGGAUAUGCAAGAGCCAUGCGUUGAAUUCGAUCAUUAUAUCGGCAUUACGAACGACCAUGUACAGGCUCGUCAUGCGUUGGGACGGGUUGAUGAGCUGAGAAAGAGUAGGAAGCUAGACCGCGUCGAUGAAGAAGCGAGUAAUACACCGAACAUCUCGAUCUUCUGCGCAGAUGCUGCGAAGCCCGCCUCUUGGAACGAGCAAGUUCAGAAAAGCAUCGAAGCUGCUUCUAGAGAUUGCUCAGAACGUUGGGUGCUCGCUCUGGACACAGCAUAUCAUUUCGGUCCUUCUCGCUGGAUUAUGGUCGAGCACGCACACAAAAAUCUGGAAGCGUCGUUCAUGGCCUUUGACUUAUGCCUCUCACCAGAUGCCACGUUCACCCAGAGGCUCAUUCUGCGGAUUUUGACCUCACUCAUGGGUGCUCCUUUCGCAAACUUUUCUACACCGGAGGGCUAUCGUAAGAAACUGAUAGACGUGGGAUAUUCGGACGAUGCUAUCAAGAUCGUGGACAUAUCUGAGCGCGUUUUUGCGCCUUUGGCGCAGUACCUCGACGAGCAAGACCGCAGACUGAAGACGCUGGGCCUGGGUAUUGGUAAAUUUGGUGUUGCUGGGUCACUAUUCAAGUGGUGGGGCCGGUCUGGUGUCGUAAGGGGUGUUAUUGUCGUCGCUAAGCGGUGA